CUCUUUUUAAUAUCCCCUCAUGGCGAUACAGGUGCUCUUUGCAUUUCGUCAAGUCUCCCCGAAAGCGCCAUCGUAGCCACGCGUGUUGAGUGCUUUCCGUCUGAUAUUGCGCCAUGGGGCUGCUGGCUCUCGGGACGCCCCUGCCGUGGCCGGAGGCGAAGAAGAGAGCGACGCAAGUCAGACGGUGGGGAAUCGAGCAAUUGUUGAGCAUCUGGAACAAGGCAAAGGGCAAGGAGAGAGAUGCGUUGCUCUGGGGUGACGAGGUUGAAUACCUCGUUGUAGCUGUGGAUGAUAAUGAGCGGAAAGUGCGGCUGUCACUCUGCCAGGCGGAAAUCCUCAAAUCGCUUGCGAGAGAUGAAGAGCUUGCGAAAGGGGACGACUCGGCGGAACCACUCCCAAAAUUUCAUCCGGAGUUUGGACGCUUCAUGCUCGAGGCAACACCAGGAAAGCCCUGGGGUAUAGGAUUUAAAGACCUCCUGAAAGUGGAAUCAGACAUGAAGCGGAGACGAGUGAUCGCAAAGAACCACAUGGCUCCAAACGAGUACCCUAUUACCCUUACAACAUUCCCACGACUGGGAACGAAGGAUGAUUUUUACACGCCCAACUACCCGCUGUCUGGGGCCGCAUUGCGCUCGCAGUUCGUUCCGGAUGAGAUCGCAAAUCCACAUAUUCGCUUCCCUACCUUGGCGGCCAAUAUCAGACAAAGAAGAGGUCGAAAGGUGGAAUUAAACGUCCCUAUCUUUCGGGAUACCAAUACUCCCUGGCCGUUCAAUGAUCCUACAGUCAACUAUGACCUCCACACUUGGCCAGAAGACAGCGAUGUCCGGAACGGGGCCGUGAAGAAGGGCCAUGUCUACAUGGAUGCAAUGGCUUUUGGAAUGGGAAGCUGCUGUUUGCAGAUUACCUUCCAGUGCAUGAAUAUUAAUGAGGGGAGGAAGCUCUACGAUCAAUUGAGCCCAUUGGGGCCUAUUCUGCUUGCGCUGACGGCGGCAACUCCGAUUUACAAGGGCUUCCUUGUCGAUACUGACGUUAGAUGGAAUCAAAUUAGCGGAGCUGUGGAUUGCAGGACAGCAGAGGAGCUAGGAGAAAAGCCCCUGAAAAGCGACAGAUGGAGAAUCCCAAAAUCUCGCUAUAGCUCCAAUUCGACCUAUAUCUCUCAAGAUCCGAGGUUACGCCCAGAGUACAUGGACCCUGACCUCGUUAUAGAUGAAGACAUCAAAAAGCGAUUGAUGGAUGGCGGAAUGGAUGGCCUUUUGGCAACCCAUUUCGCCCACUUGUUUAUCCGCGAUCCAAUUGUUGUAUUUGCAGAAGACUUGGAAGAACUCGACCUCAACAAGACCGAUCACUUUGAGAAUCUCCAGUCUACCAAUUGGCAGCACAUUAGAUUCAAGCCGCCGCCGGCUGAAAACGACAUCGGCUGGCGGGUCGAGUUCCGACCCAUGGAGAUUCAGAUCACUGAUUUUGAAAAUGCCGCGUUCAGCAUAUUUAUGGUACUGAUUACUCGGGCGAUUCUAAGCUUCGAUCUGAACUUCUAUAUCCCGAUUGCCCGGACGACUGAGAACAUGGAGACGGCUCAUGCCCGCAACGCCGUCCUUGAGAAGAAAUUUUACUUCCGGAAAGACCCUUUCCCGCACCGUCUUCCUCGCCAGACCGCCAGCAGCUCGCCUUCCAGCUCUCGCUCCCCAUCCGCGCCUCCAUCCCCGUGCCUUUUACCAGUGGAAUCCGAGUACGAGUUAAUGACCGUCGCCGACAUCAUCAACGGCUCACCAUCUGGGGAAUUCCCCGGUCUGAUUCCAAUUGUCGAAUCGUACCUCAACAGCAUCAACAUCGAUGUUGAGACUCGAUGUGCUCUUGCAAACUACCUCAACUUAAUCCGCUAUCGGGCAGACGGUAGGCUAUUGACAAAUGCGAAGUGGAUCAGAGAGUUUGUCGCAAAGCAUCCCGAUUACCAACAAGAUAGCGUCGUUUCAGAGAAGAUUUGUUACGACCUUGUCAAAGCAGUGGAAAAGAUCACAGAGAAGGAAGGGAAGGGCGGAAGCAUUGGCUGGGAGAUGUUGUAUACAAGUUUGGCCAAGAGUGAAGAGCCGGAAGGACAGUGAUUGGACUGUAUAUUCCUUGUGAAAUUUUUUUUUUUUUUUUUCGAGUGAAUAUCUUUCGUGUGUGCUUGGUUUUCAUACUGGAUAUAGACACUGAUGAGCGAGCUGGAUUUUGAUCAUUAUUUUUAUUUUAAUUUUUUUCUUU